AUGGGUUCCAUCACGGUCGAGCAGCUGCCAGCGGCGGUCAAGAUGAGUGUCACCAAAGAAGAUCGAUAUGCGAUACGAGAAGCCACUACCAAGCAAGAGCUGGAUGGAAUCUUGGAUGUUAUAUGGGCGGCCAAUUACACUCCCUACGAGCCAUUUGUGCAACUCUUCUUUCCAGUUCUCGGCUACACAUCAGCACACAGAGAGGCAGCGAUCGCUGAGUCCAAGGAACGAUUUUGGAGCCAACACCAGAGCGAUCCGUCCAGCCACUGGUACUAUGCAUUCGACACACUCACUGGACAAAAGGUUGGCAGCGCCCAGUGGGUUGUCUCCGAGAGCAAUCCGUUUGUUGCUGGAGUGCCCAAGUUGACUGCACCAUGGUGGCCCGAGGGAGAAUGUCGAAACUUUUGCGAGUCGAUCCUGAAUCAAGUCUACAGGCCACGGGCUAGUUGGAUGACGAGGCCGCAUUGUGCACUGAACUGGCUCGCGGUCAUUCCCUCACAUCGUCGCCAUGGUGUUGGCCGCCUCUUGAUGGACGUUGGCGUCCGGCGUGCCGAUAGCCUGAACCUCGAGUGCUGGAUGGAAGCCUCUACCAUGGGCAAGCCCCUGUACGAGAAGUUCGAAUUCCAAUCUCUUCUCAAUCUCGCAUUCGACAAUGAGCGGAAAGGCGCAAGCGACGAGUGGCGGAAGUGUGCGCACGAGAUGACUCCCCCGCCAAUAUUCGCCAUGUGGAGGCCAAAGCAAGGGAACUGGAAGAGCACGAGCGGUGGAGCCGUCAAGUUUCCAUGGGACUUGGGGACAGCUUGAUGCUAUUUGGGAACAUUACGCGAGUACGUGGUUGUGGCGUUGGUGGUGUCAUUUUCCUAUGUUGCAUGUCAGUGCCGUACGCAGCGAUGUCCGAAGCUGCUAAGAUACCCAGACGGUACAAAUUGAUUUUUGCAUACAUU